AGAUGGUGCAAAGAGAAGCACUGCAUAGGAACAUGGAAUGUAAGAUCCUUGUAUCAAGGAAAACUAGACAUAGUGAAAAGAGAAAUGGAGAAAAUUAACAUCGACAUAUUGGGAAUAAGUGAAAUGAGGUGGACUGGCAUGGGAGAAUUUGCUUCGGAUGGCCACAUGGUGUAUUAUUCUGGGCACGAUAACAACAGAAGUAAUGGAGUAGCCUUCAUAGUUCGUGGUAAAGUGAGAAAAGCUGUGAUGGGAUGCAAACAUAAAAAUGAUAGAAUGAUGUCCAUCAGACUUCAAGGUCAGCCCCUCAACAUCACAGUAAUUCAAGUUUAUGCACCAACAACCGAUGCUGAAAAGGAAAUUAUUGACCAGUUCUAUGGAGAUUGGAAUGCAAAAGUGGGAAAUGAUGCUGUAGAAGGUAUAACAGGGAAAUAUGGUCUUGGUACAACAAAUGAAGCUGCAGAUUUCUGCCAAGAAAAUUCAUUGAUAAUUACUAAUACACUGUUUCAACUACCAAAACGACGCCUGUAUACCUGGACUUCGCCAGAUGGCCAACACUGGAACCAAAUUGAUUACAUACUUUGUAAUCCGAGGUGGAAGAGCGCGGUUCAGUCAGCUACGACAAGACCUGGGGCUGACUGCGGAUCAGAUCAUGAGCUCCUGAUUGCAAAAUUUCGGCUGAAACUUCAGAAUGUAGUAUUUCUUUAA